UUCGUCAAGAUGGUGGCCUCCUGUGUCAAUGCUUACCUUUUUAGGUCCUGUGUUGCGGAAUAUUUACAAUACUUUAUAGGAUAUCUCAAAGGGAAUAAGUAGCAAAUUAAGUAGGGUGAUAACCCAGCAUUAUACUCAGGACAUACGUGGCGCCAUAAUGUAAAGUACUUCAAAUGAAUAUGACUGUCGCCAGCGAGGAUGACACCCAUCAUAACGUUACAGGUGUUGCUAACAUGAUAUAUUGUAGAUAUGGAUAGCUAACUAGCUAGCUAGAUAUCUAAUUUAGUAAGUUAAUUUAAUAUCCUGCCAUCGUUUAGUUUAUUUGUUUAGUCGACUUAUUCUAACUUGUGCUAAGCUUUGAUCGAAAACUCAAGGGUUUGCUUUACCCUUGUUUCAAAUUAAAUUCGUAAAAGACCUUCAGCUGUAAAGAUGACAGUAAUUUGGUUUCGACUCUCGUGCAUCAGUUUGUUAAACCGUGGACAGAGGAACAUAAGUAUUUUCUCCAACGCAACGCCUUCUAAUUUGAAUAAAGUGGUCUCGGAUGCAGAGAAAAUUGUGGGUUAUCCGACCUCCUUCGUGAGCCUGCGCUGCUUGCUGAGUGAUGAACUUAGUAAUGUAGCAAUGCACGUGAGGAAACUGGUUGGAACAAAACACCCGUUACUCAGCACUGCGAGGGGCCUCAUCUAUGACAGCAGAAACAACCUUCAGAUGAGGGGUCUGGUGGUCCUGUUGAUGUCCAAGGCAGCUGGUCCCAGCCAGCACACAGCCUCAGACCACCUGCCCCAGGACAUGGUCAGCGGCAUCUACCCCAGUCAGAGGAACCUGGCUGAAGUCAACGAGCUCAUCCACACGGCUUUCCUGGUGCAUCGUGGGAUCAUCAACCUAAAGGAGUGGACCAACUCUGACGGUCUCCUGAAGGACAUGCAGUUUGGAAACAAGAUGUCCGUUCUCAGUGGGGAGUUCUUGCUUGCCAAUGCUUGCACUGGACUGGCCCAGCUAAACAAUACUAAGGUUGUGGAGUUGAUAUCGAGUGCCAUUGGUGACUUGGUGCAGGGAAUCUACCAUGAGAUCCACAGCUCUUCUCAGGACAAUAGCCUGACUGAUGAAAUCAACAUGGUCACGUGGGAGGAGCAGACAUUCUUGUCCCAUGGUGCCUUGCUGGCAAAAAGCUGUCAGGCAGCGAUGGAGCUUGCCAAACAUGACAAAGAUGCACAAGGACUGGCUUACAAAUAUGGCAAGAAUCUAUCAUUGGGCCACAACGGCACCUCCUUGAAUUCUGACCUGCAGCUAUUUGUAAAGAGCAGCAGCUCAGCAGACCCAGUAACCUUCAGUUUUAACUCGGCCCCUGUGGUUUUCCACCGUCAGAUUGUGGGGCAGGAGAGAUGGUGUCAUCAGCUGCAACGGGCAAAAACUAUUGGAAGAAAAAUGGACUAUACAAAGCUGCGGUCCACGAUCAAAUUGGAGAAAGGUGUCACCUCGACAAUAGAUCUGUGCCGUUACCACGGCAACAAGGCUCUGGAGUCCAUCCAGUGUUUCCCUUCCUCUGAGGCACGUUCAGCCUUGGAGAACAUCGCUCGCGCUGUCACAAAGUUCUGACCCCCCUACUCUCCUGUGUCCACAGGACAACGUGCACAAUCAAUCGAUGCUAGAAAAACAAUCUUGGUUCCAUUUAAGCCAAUCAGUGAGCAGAAUACUCACGACCCCCUAAGUCCGACCGGCGUUUACUGGAAAUGAAACUACAGAUCACACCUUUAAAACUCCAUUUAACUGUUUGCUAUUAAAACAAUUCACAUCCAGUCAUCUGAGUUAUUUUGUGUUUACUACUUUACUGCUAUUAUGAUUUUGCUCUGUCACUGUGCAACAGAAAACAAAAAUCUAGGAUGGGAAAAUGUCAACUUUCGUUGGCCGUGCCACGAGCAGCACACUUGAAGCUCCGCCAGCAGUAAUUAUUAAUGAGUCCCAUUCCCGUGACCUGCAGCAAAUGGACAGGAAAUGCAAGGGUAUUGAUUGGGGCGAUGUGCGCUGUGGGUUGGCGCCAGGGUGGUAGCCUGUGGUUUCCCUGGCACUCGGCAGGGGAUAGCCAAGGUGUGAAACUGGGUAGAGAACAAUGUUCCCUCUAAGCAUGAGAUUGAACUUCACUCAACUUUCUAGAGGUUUCCCCGUUAGUUAAACACUGUCAACAAUUUCCCUUUACUGUGGGAAUUGUGAUCGAAUCAACACAACAUUAGCCACUUUCAAUGCAACAUACCGAAACAAAACAAACUAUGCAAGACUUUGUAUGCAAAACAAACUUUGAAAGAGAUUUUGUUGUAGGCAGAACGCAUUGGAGUAUGAUUCUAUUGCAUUGACAGGCAUGACUCAGGCCUGUACUCUACACAGACCGGUGAGCCUUAACCUGUCAGCUGCAGUAUUGCAAAGCAGACCAUUUAUCAUAUGGAUUUGUGCCAUUCACUUUGAACUGGAGUUUUACAGCAUGAGCGGUAAGGAUUAUUAUGCGCUUGUUUUGAGAUCAAAGCAAGAGCUGCAUGUAGCCACGUGUGCACAUUUGUUAAUAUUCUUUGCUAGUUAGUGAGUUAUUGGCCCAGUUAUACUUAAUUUGUAGUCAGCAAUGUGGUAGUGAUUGCAUCGUACAAGAGCACAAAACCUGUACAUUUCUAGACAUCUUUGAAAAGCAAGUCAGGUAAAGAGCUUUUUUUGUCCUAAAGGGGCACUAUUGUAUUUUGAGACAGACUUGAAUAAGCUAAGUAACCAAUAGGCAGAGGGUAGCAUCAUUUGUCUGAUUCUCUGUAAUAACGGUAGAGAGACUACAAAAUAAAAUGUAUUAUUUUUACAAAGUGGUUUUUGCAUCAAACACCUCAUUUUCAGUCACCUUGUCUGAAGGACAAGUGGAUGAACAGGUUAAUGUCAAGCCCUGCAUGUUUAUGUCAAAAGUCUCAUGGAGUGUAGGCCUUCAUUGAACACCACACAUUGGCUGCUGCUGUAGGCUAAAUGAUAGAACAGCUAUUUCCAUGUUAAAAUGUUAUGUGAUGCAUUUUCUCCAUUGUUGUUUUCAUAAUAGGGCUACUGGUAGGCCUACAUAUAAAUAGCCACAGUAUCAAA